UUUCCUUUUGCGUCAUAUAAAUGUCUCUUUUAUACUGAAAUUCCCCAUUUCAUACUCUCAUGGCUGAAAUCCCAAAUCAGAUUCAACGAUCCACGGCCUGUUCUUCAACAAUUUUGGUAUUUCAAAUUGAUUUUACCUUCAGUUUCAUUGCAGCUACGGCCAGAAGAUCGUACUACUGAUUACAUUUGGAAUCAUCUUAGUCAAUUUUUGGUAUAUUCGUUGCUAUUAUGAAGGAUUUUCCUUCUUGUUUCGGUGAAAAUGGCGUCCAAAUUGCAGAUUCUUCUUCUUCUUCUUCAUCUUCAUCGUCUUCGAGUAUCAGUAAAGCCGCUCAAAAUCUAGUCACCUGCGUCUACCAGUGCAAAUCACGCGGCCGAUUGUGCUUCAUCGUUCUAACAUGGACCAAGCAUUUGAUGGGACAAGGUUUCUCUCUUCAGAUCGAAAACUCUGCAAAUCAAUGCCUGUGUAAGCUCGACAUUAAGCCAUGGCUGUUCUUAAAGAAGAAAGGAUCCAAGAUUUUCGAGAUCGAAUCGAGAAAAAUGGAGAUACAUUGGGACUUAACAAACGCCAAAUUCGGCAGCGGACCGGAGCCAGAGGAAGGAUUCUUCGUCGCCGUGGUGUUCGAUCGAGAGCUCAUAUUCCGAGUCGGCGAUUCGCCGUCCGAAUCUACCAAGAAAAUCGCCGCGGUUUCCGCCGCGGCGGCGGUGUUCGUGGCGAGAAGAGAACACGUGUUCGGGAAGAAAUUGUUCUACGCGAAGGCUCGAUUCAGCGAGAAAGGGGAAACGCACAAUGUGUCGAUCGAAUGCGAUAGUGGAGGAUUGAAGGAACCGAGUUUGGUGAUUCGAAUCGACAGCAAGACGGCGAUGCAAAUCAAGAGGCUGAAAUGGAAGUUUAGAGGGAAUGAUACGAUUGUGGUGGACGGAAUUCCAGUGCAGGUGAUGUGGGAUGUUCAUAAUUGGCUGUUUGGGAAUUCCGCCAUGAGUAGUAGUGCUGUGUUCAUGUUUCAAACGCACAAGAACAGUGGAAACCAUACCCAAUCGUCGCUGUUAAAUUCUUCGUCUUCUUCAUCAUCAUCAUCCCAUGAACAACAAAUUAAAGACUCAAAGUUGCAGAGUAUGGAUUUCUCCUUGAUUUUAUAUGCUUGGAGGAAUGAAUGAAUCAACCACUGCUUAACCAAGUGGCCUUCAAAAUU